GGAAGGUGGGUGUGUCCUCGGACUCAGACAGCAGCAGCAACGAGUGUUCGGAGAAGAAACAGAAAAAUGUCCUCGGUCCCUGACGGGAAGAAGCUGCUCCGCAGCCCCAGCGGCCUCCGCAUGGUUCCGGAGAACGGCGCCUUCAACAGCCCCUUCGCCCUGGACGAACCGCAGUGGGUCCCGGACAAAGAGUGUCCGAGGUGUAUGCAGUGUGACACCAAGUUUGACUUCAUCAGGAGAAAGCACCACUGUCGACGGUGCGGCCGCUGCUUCUGCGAUAAAUGCUGCAGUAAGAAGGUGGCGCUGCCGCGCAUGUGUUUCGUGGACCCGGUGCGUCAGUGUGCCGAGUGCAGCCUCGUCUCCCAGAAAGAAAUGGAGUUUUUUGACAAGCAGCUGAAAGUUCUGCUGGGAGGCGGCACCUUCAUCGUGACGCUGGGGACGACAGAGAAGACGGAGGCGAUGACGUGUCGUCUGUCCAACAACCACAGGUAUUUGUUCCUGGACGGGGAAAGUCACUUUGAGGUGGAGUUGUCUCGUAUGUCCAGCAUGCAGAUCCUGACAGACGGGACGAGUCCAGGAGACACUGACAUUCACACUUACACCAGUCUGCUGGACAGUCAGUGUAUCUCUGAAGGAGGGACAGCCAGAGCCAGUGGCAUGUUGCUUCAUUACAAACCCAUGGGCUCUCAGGACGCUCAGCAGCUCCGCCUGGAGGCUGCAGACGACAAGAAGGUGGCUUCACUAUGGCUCGCUGCGAUGCACAAGGCUGCCAAACUGCUGUAUGAAUCCCGGGACCAGUGACGGACAGAGCAGCCGAUCUCUGAACCAGGCAGCACCCACACCCACACACACACACACACACACACACACACACACACCCCCAAGUGUUUGUCCUCCGUCUCCUCGGGGGUUUCUUGUCUCUUCUUUUCUCUUCUUUUCUUUUUUUAUUUAAUUAAUUAACGUCCGUUCCGAUUCUGCUCCUCCACUGAUUCCACAUCAGCUCUUGAUAACCCGUUCUUAUCACGGUCACUUUUACAAGAAAGAAAGAAAGAAAGAAAUGUUUAUAUAUAUAUAUAUAUAUGUAUGGAAAAAAAACCAACAACAAUUUUAUUACCUCUAUCCUUCAUGUUUACCACAAACAGUCUGAUUGUUCUUCCCGUCUUUUUUCUCUCAGGGGAUGAAGACACGAGCGUAUAACGUUUAUAUAAAAGCCACACCCACUUUUACUUCCUGCUCCUUGACUUUAAAUCCAAAUGAUCCUAGACUACGGCGACACGUGACCUUUUCAUAAACCGUUUAAAAAGGCGACGACUUUAUACGCUGCUUUUAUUUUUCUCAGUGUUUGUUAAUGAGGAUUUCAUUUCCUGCACGCCGCGGCUCGACUCUGCUACGUUUUGGUAUCAGUCACGCCGUUUUUCCAUGACUUCAUAGCUCCUCCUCAACGUGGGCGGGGUCGUCAUAGUCCCGGCUGCGCGAAAGUGCUGUGACGUGCUUUUAUAUACGCGACGCAAAUGCACCAAUAAAGCACCAAUUACCACGUACUGUCCCUCAUGGAAAAGCAAAAUAAAACGAGCAGAGUCGAGCUGAGCUGGAACUGCGUCGUGGAAAAGCGUCAUUUGUCCGCCUGUGGUGAGCGAGCGAGUGUCUCAGAGAGGCGGAUUUGUCCUUUAACAGGCGACCGUCGAGCAUUAGAUUCAGAUUCUGUCGUGAAAGUUCUGGUCGUGCGUGUGCGUGUGUCUUUUUUUGGUUCUUUUUUCUGCGAUAAUUGUAUUAUUUACAAGGAUUUACAGAUUUAACUCUUUAGGCGUCUGUCUGGGGAAAACGAUAAGAUGUUUUCACUGAUUCUGGUGAAAAAUAAAUAUAAACACAGACGUAUAAUAAUAAUUAUAAAUGCUUCAAAUGUACUUUCAUGUAUCAAAGUUUUGUACGAGAUAUUUUCUUUAAUAUUCCUACUUUAACACGUAAUGGCGUGAUUUUUAAAGCCGAAGUAUGACUGGAAUCAGUUUUUUCUUCCGUAAAAAAACACUUGUGUACACAGUAUUUUCUCUUCCUGUUUGUUGUCGUCAUGGUUACAUGCCGCGACGCAAACGCAGUUCACCGAUGUUUGAGUUGGAACGCCCGGGCAGGUCGCUCUCACUCGUGCUUCCAAGGACGUACGUAAAAUUUCGACGUAGACUGAAAUGUUUCAAACUUUUGCUUUCACAAAUUAUGAAUUAAAAGGUACAUUGUGUGAAAUUUAGGAAUGGCAGAACAUAGCAAAUGACUGUAUCGCCUUGAUAUGGGUGUCAUUUUAGACCUUUUUUUAAAAACUGUUGGGCUAUUAUUUAGUAAUUCUCCAACUUUAGAACAAAUAUUCGUCUCCCAUAACAAGAAAUAAACAGCCCGCAACAUGACUCAGCAAAAAUGCGGUUGCUGAUUUU